GAAAACAUAGAACCAAAUAAACAUAAGUCUUUUCAAAUAUAAGCUGCAGGUGAGCAGCAGAAGGAUGGAUCUCUUGAUGUGCCCUUAUUGUGGAUUUUCAUGGACCACUGUUUGAGGCAGAGCGCUGGGCUAGAGAGACUAGGCUUUGCAGAAGGAAGAUUACACUGAGCAUCCCUUUGAGGCUCAAAAUAUCUCUCACACGCUUCCUUAAGCACUUUGCUGAAGCUCUUUAGAUCAGCCCUUCCCCUCCUGUGAACCAAGACUUGGGAAAAAUGAGCUGGAAGUUGCUUUGCUACCAAUAAGCAGGAGACCCUUGAGCAGAACUCACCCAGUCAGUAGAACGUCUUGCUUCUGAAGUCACGUCACUGAGUGAUGGGAGGGAGGAUCUCCUGCUCAGACUGGGUGAUGCUUGAAGCCACCUGAGCUCAGCCUCUAACUAUGCACUGUGGAGAGGAGGAAGGAAUCUUUUGUUCACGUACCACCCGGUAUUUGCUUUGAAGGUGAUAAAAGGAAUAUUCUCCCCAUCUCUUUUGGGGGGAGGUGGUGGCUUUGAUCCACGGCCUUGAGGAGGGACCGAAUUCAGAACUGUUUCCAGUUCAGUGCAGCUGUCAAUCUCCUGCUUUGAGCUGAAGCCUUUCAUGGGCAAACCUGAUGCCCAGAAUUUAUGCAGAGAAAGAGGUCUGCAAAUGUGGCAUUCAUUUAUUUCCUCAACACAUUGCAGGGGCGGGAGGUUAAAAUCCCUGGGGCUGGAUUUUGUUUUUUACUUUCUUUUUUAAAAAAAAAAAAUUAUGAAUGGCUUAAUUCAAAUAUUUAACAUGUACAACAUGGGCAAUACUGGAAAACUAUCAGCGCGUUUUAAAGGUGUGCUUUUUUUUGUACCACUUUGCAUUUAAGCAAGACCUAUUUCAAUGUAAUAUAACUAAUACAAUCCAUAAAUACAUAAAGACUAUCUUUAUAAUAAAAUAGGCUACAGCCAAUAGCCCAUCCAGUAAGAACAAAUAUUAAGUGAUUGGAGGACAAAUGGAUAGAAAAAAGGAAGCACAAAAAGAUUUUUUUGCCAUUCAUCGCUUAUUAUGAACACCUUCUUAAGAUAAUCAUCUCAGUCUAGUUAUAUAGACCCACAUUAUGUACUGGAAGCACUUAUUUUUUUACAUUUCAACUGCAACUCAUUCUGUUGAAUGUGUGUUUCCCAAGCCUUUCUUGUAGAAACCAUUCCCACUACUCACACUGAACAACAGAAGACGUGAAAUGUUGGGUAAAUUGUGGCCCAAAGCAUAUAUGUAAAAUAUGUACAUAUGUAAAAAGGUAAAGGUACCCCUGACCGUUAGGUCCAGUCGCAGAUGACUCUGGGGUUGCACGCUCAUCUCGCUCUAUAGGCCGAGCGAGCCGGCGUUUGUCCGCAGACAGCUUCUGGGUCAUGUGGCCAGCAUGACUAAGCCGCUUCUGACAAACCAGAGCAGCGCACGGAUAUGCCGUUAACCUUCCCGCCAGAGCAGUACCCAUUUAUCUACUUGCACUUUGAUGUGCUUUCGAACUGCUAGGUUGGCAGGAGCUGGGACCGAGCAACGGGAGCUCACCCUGUUGUGGGAUUCGAGCCACUGACCUUCUGAUCGGCAAGUCCUAGGCUCUGUGGUUUAACCCACAGUGCCACCCACGUCCCUUAUUAAACAUAAAUCAGGACAAAGAAACAUGUCGUCUCUCCUUGCCAUCUUCUCAGAGAGAGCGCCAAGAACAACAGCUAUACAGAGCAGAAGUUCUGCUUACGCCGGCAAUCUGUGCUGGAAUGUAAACAGACAUGUGACACGCAACAAUCCCAUGUCUGCAGCAAAAGGUGGAAUGGAAUCCCAACAGGUACCACUGUAUUACCAGGGGCUACAGACCCUGCUCAUGUUGCUCACCAACCCUGCAGAUGCCCUACCCUAUGCUAACCCCCCUUCUUUGAAUUUCACCCCAACCACACAUUCCCACACAGCUCCUCCAGUGCCCCAUCCCCUCACAGCAUGGAGGGAUAUCCUCUCAAAACGAUGGGAAAUUCUUACUUCCAAAGAACUAGUGGAUAAGUUUUGUAGCACAAAAGGAGGUUUAUUCCCCCACCCCACCCCCCAGUGAGGUUUCAUGAGUUUCCUUCAAUUUCUCUUCAGCCAUCACACAUGUGUACCUUACUUCCAUUCCCCCAGUGCUGUGACUCCCUGAAUUGAAUCCUGCCCUUCUUUUCUCUCUCCAGUAACCCCUAAUCUUUCCCAUGGCAGAUAUUUCGCAUGAAAAAUCCCUUUGUGAAUUGUAAUAACGCUCUUGGUGAGGUUUCUACAGUGUGCUUUAUUUAAGAGAAUGAUGCACCAUUUUAAAAGCAAAAUAUCCCCCUUGGGUUUCGAACAUGCUAUUUUGGGUAGCGUUGUGGAAAGAUCCUAUUGUGCUUACAUCUAUAUAAAUCACAGAAUACCACUAAGUUUGUCUGGUGCCACCGAGCAAGGAGAAGUUUAUCAGGUUUUUAAGAACGCUUCCUGUCAAAUUACAUGAGCCUUGGCUUCCCACAAGAUGGCAGAUAAUUAUAGCAGUGAUCCCUUCCAGUUGAUCCAGAAUGAUGAGAUUUCCGAUGGCAUCAGGAACAUGAAUUGUCUGCCAUAUUGUGGGAUGGGCAGGGCUUGCAUACAUUGCAUGGGGAUCCCCAUUUCCUACUCCUUCUACAAGCCAUUGCUGCCAGUUCCUUAGCGUAACAAGGGAAAGGAUGGUGAAAUUAAGGACCAAACUAGAUGCGAUUCCAACUGAGCCAUGACUGAAGCUCCCACUUUUUUAAAAAAAUGCAAAUAGCAGAUGCAGUGGUAGAGUAGGAAUAGGGAACAUUUUUCAGGCUGAGGGUUACAUUCCCUUGUAGGUUGUGGAGGUUUUUCUGGGAGCUAUAUACAAGUGAUUGGCGGAGACAAAGGAAAACUGUAUUGCACAAUGGAUGUGACUUUUACCUCUAUACCUGUCAGGCUUCUGGGACUCAGCUUCCUCCCCACUCCCCUUUGGCAGUAGAUAAACAGAACAAAAUGAAAGGAGACUCUUACCAGUUAGAGAUUUUAAUGAUCACAGUGAGAAAACAAAGAAUCCAUUCCUAGGGAUGAAGGUGCUCCCAGUUAAAGAUUCCACUCAAUUCGCCCCUUGUCACCCACGUCACUACCACAUCUUGCAGCCUGAUCUCACAGCCACCGAGCUUUCAGAGCUGCCACCUUGACCUUGGACUGAUCAGAUGGACACAUUCCAGAGAGAGUGAGUCUGUUAACUCUCUCUCUUUCCCAGUUCUUCUUCUCCUAGCUGUUCCCCACCCAGUUCUUCCCAACUUCUGCCUUCUGAACUAUUUCCCUCUUCAAACCACUGUUCCAAAUCUAUACUGUCCCACUGCUCCUGGGAAGAUUCAGGAUCCUGCUCAGCAGCAGGGGGAGGCUUCCACCAUUCCUCCUCAGCACAGCCCUCCUCAUCACAAUCCAUGACAAUACAACAGGGUGCAUUCUAGGUACCCAGAAGUUUCUGCAAACCUCUCCCGCCCACAUCUCUACAUCCAUCCAGACAAAAAGCAUUAUCAUAGCUCAAGGACACAUUUCAGCCAGACCUGAGGGGAGUCCGGAGCAGGACUGAUGAGGGGUGUGGUCUGGGGAGAGUUUCAGGGACUAAACAGGGAGGCGUGGAGGACCAGAUUCAAGUACCAGGCUGAAGGGUCUCCAUCCCUCUGGUAGGGCAUUCAUGGCCAAGGCCCAGUGCCAGGGAAGGAGGAUUUAUCCUUCUCUUAGCAUGCGAUCACCCCAACCCAAAUUGCUCCAAAUGGACUUGGCUUUUUGGUGGCGGGGGGGGGGGAAUGAAUGCAUGCACUGAAGUUGGCACUACAAAUGCAUAUUCUUUAGUACAGGAGGGGAAAGGGGAAAUUACCUUUUCAAAUAUAUUGACUGUCACCAGAGGCUUUUGUAAAUACUUGCAUUCAAGUAAUUAAUUUUAAAGCCAUCCACCUCCCAAUUAAUCCAGUGCCAGUGUGCCAGUGUGGUGUAGUGGUUAAGAGCGGUAGUCUCGUAAUCUGGGGAACCGGGUUCGCGUCUCCGCUCCUCCACAUGCAGCUGCUGGGUGACCUUGGGCUAGUCACACUUCUCUGAAGUCUCUCAGCCCCGCUCACCUCACAGAGUGUUUGUUGUGGGGGAGGAAGGGAAAGGAGAAUGUUAGCCGCUUUGAGACUCCUUAAAGGGAGUGAAAGGCGGGAUAUCAAAUCCAAACUCUUCUUCUUCUUCUGCCAUUUUAAUCGAUCGAAUGCUUUUUUUUUAAUCAAUUCAGCCAAAAGAAUCGACAAAACCUUUUGGCCUUCCUCUCAACUUAAUUUCUUGGAAAUCUGAUCUCUUCUUUUUUCUGUUUUAUUCCCCCCCCUUCCCCCCUUUUGUUGCAGCAAGAAAAACAGCAGACACCAAACAAGAGACCCUGGGAAGGGAUCCGGAAGGUCCACUCCCCGCCGGCAUGGGUUAAAAAGGACAUGGAGAUGGUGUCACAGUCUCCCUUGGAACUCAAAACUGUUGAGUGGGAAAAGGCAGGCGCCACAAUCCCCCUGGUGGGACAGGACAUUAUCGACCUCCAGACAGAGGUCUGA